UCAAACAACUGUUUUGCCCAAACAUCACUUUGUUUGGGCGUAAUUUUGCCGAGAUUGUGUACAAAAUGGGCAGGUAUAAAUGUGCCUACAACUGUGAAAACUCCAGCGAUUCAGAUGUGAAGUUUUUUAAGUUUCCACUUUACAACCCCCGAAAACUCAAGAAAUGGCUUGUCAACAUGAAGUGGAAGGACUGGACUCCAUCCCGCUUCUCUGUGCUGUGCAUCAAUCAUUUUGAGGAGCGGUGCAUCGACAGAACAGGCAAAUGUGUGAAACUCAGAGAAGAUGCAGUUCCCACCAUAUUUUCAUCCCCCGAUGAGGCACAGAAAAGGAAGGCUUCCAUCAGACCAAGAAGUAAAAGACACAAGCCACAUAGUAAAGCCUUGCACACGAGUCCAGCUCAGUCUCCGACAGCCUCUCCUGCCACACCGAAGCGAAACAUGCAGAACAAAGAGACCAGCCAGACAGGGGAGGAGCCUGGGGGAGACAAAGACUCAAAAAAGCCUGACAAAUGGAGGAUUAUAGUUGAUGAAGGGCUGAUGAAGAUUGAGUCAUUUCCCCACUUCUUCCAUGGAGAUUACUGUGUACCACAGGAUAUUCAGUGGGCUCCAGAUGAUAAUUUCAGUACAGAGUGUAAAGAUCCUGACAGUGUGAUAGAGGUGAAAGAGCCGUGGCAGUGGGUUGGUAUGGAUGUCCGAGGACCCCUGCCCCAAACAAAGAACGGACACAAAUACAUUUUGACUGUGACAGAUUACUACUCCAAGUGGGUGGAAGCUGUGCCGAUGCAGUCGUGCCUCCCUCCACAUGUAGCGAAACACAUCGUGGAUAUCAUUGCCCACUUUGGAUACCCGCUCAGAAUCCUCUCCAGAUUGCCUCAUGACAUAGUCCACAAAAUCAACAGAGAACUAAAAGAUCAGCUGAAGGUCACCAUCGCUCUUGUCGUCUAUCACCAGCAGACCGGCACAGUAGAUUUGAUCACACAGCAGCUGAUUGACAGGAUGGUAAGUGGUCUAAUAGAGGAGCAUGCAGCUGACUGGGACGUUUACCUGCCUGCCAAGGUUUUCAGUCUGUGUUUCAAAGAGCAUUCAAAAACCAAGGAAAGGCCUUUUUCCAUGCUCUGCUGUAGAGGACUGGAGCCUGUCCAGUCCCCCAGAGGACUGAAUUAUGCUUAUUCCAAGAUCAGAGAGAGUGCUUUCGUGGUUAGAUAGACAUUUUUUGGGUCUGAAAGUGGAAACCAACCUGGACCGAACAGGCAGAAAGAACAUUUUGUUGGUCAUCGAAGUAUUCUGACUUAGUUGAGGACUGCCACGCAAAAGUGCUAAUGCACUUUUUUAAUGGCCAUAAUAAGGAAACAUGGGAACCCUGGCAGUUUGACCAGGAUGAGGACUUUCCUGACUGGACACAUACUGGGGAUGAAACUGGACUUUUUUUUCAACCUGUAGAGUCAAAAAUAUGUUGUGGCUUUGACUGUUUUUUUGGUCCAUCAACUCAGUAGAAGGCAAUUUUCAAUUCAGUUUUGUAUCAUGUUUUUGGAUGAAAAUAGUAAAUCAUUUUUUAAAAAUCUG